ACGCUUGACGUUUUACAGUCAUCGUUGCUCAGCGAAAUUUGUUUCAGGAACGUCAAGUUCAUCAGGAUAAAAUGUCUCGGAGGUAUGAUUCAAAGACCACCAUCUUUUCGCCCGAAGGGCGUCUGUAUCAGGUGGAGUAUGCCAUGGAAGCCAUAGGACAUGCAGGUACAUCAUUGGGGAUCUUGGCUUCAGAUGGAGUGCUUCUGGCUGCGGAAAGGAGGAAUACUCACAAGCUUCUGGACGAUGUUGUAUUCUCAGAUAAAAUCUACAAACUCAAUAGUGACAUGGCAUGCAGUGUCUCAGGAAUCACAUCAGAUGCCAACGUCCUCACUAGUGAACUCAGGCUUGCGGGUCAAAGAUAUUUCCUCCAGUAUCAAGAAAACAUUCCCAACGAACAGCUAGUCAGCACAUUAUGUGACAUCAAGCAGUUUUACACACAGGCAGGAGGAAAGAGACCGUUUGGUGUAUCUAUUUUAUACAUGGGAUGGGACAAACACUAUGGUUUUCAGCUUUAUCAGAGUGAUCCAAGUGGAAACUAUGGAGGAUGGAAAGCCACUUGUAUUGGAAACAACAGUGCAGCUGCUAUCUCUAUGCUGAAGCAAGAAUACAAGGAAGGUGAUACAAAUCUCAAGGGUGCAUUAGCACUGGCUGUCAAGGUGCUAAGUAAAACAUUAGAUAUGACCAAGCUUACUCCAGAGAAAAUUGAGAUUGCCACACUAACGAGAGAAGAUGGCAAGACAAUGAUCCGCAUCCUCCCAGUAGAAGAACUCCAGAAGCUUAUCAAGGAACACGAGGAGAGAGAGGCUAAGGCAGAAGCAGAGAAGAAGAAAGAAAAGGAGAAAUAAUGUGUAGCUUGAAAAUAGUCAUAUUCAUGUGUAGAUUAAGUAGCUUCUGUACAGUUAACCCCUUGGGGUACAAGAAUCUGGUGGUCAUCUUGAUAAAUCUUUGGGAAUGAGUGAAUUCAACAGGUUUCUGUCGCAUAAGACAUACUAUUAAUGGUAAUUGCCAUGGUAAUAUCUCUUGACAGCAAAUAAAAUUCAGGGAAAUCAUGAAAGUUUCCAUAUAUGACAAAGUUACCAUGAUGCUAUGUUUGUAUGCAACAGGUCCAGGUUGAGAUUUUCCAAAGAUCAUGCGGAUCUCAUUUAUCUCCUUCAGUAUAACUAAAGAGGUACUCUUUGUCUUAUACCUAUCCCUUUUGGAUGUUUCAUUCAAUUGGUCUUCACUCUCUUCCAGCAGCAGUGGAAUCAGAAUGCCUUUACCCUUUUAAUGGCGGGGGGGGGGGGGGGGGGUCGUGAAAAGGAGACAGAAGGAUAGAUGUACAAUUAUGAGGAUGUUUAUCCACCCGGCGAACCCUUUAGAAGGUUGUAUCACUUUCUCUUUGAAAGCAGAGUACUUCUCAUUUUGCAGUCAAAUGGAAUGCUUCCUUUUGAUCUAGCAUAUUAUUUUACUACCAUUUCAGUCAGUCCGCAAGCCCCUGUGUUAAUGAGCAAAUGAGCAAGAUUUAUCCAAGUCAUCUCGUGGCUGAAUUCAUGUCCCUGCAAAAUCUCGUGAAUUGUGAGACUUUCUUUCUCAAAGAAUUUAACCACUUUCUCCUUGAGUAAUAUUGAUUAUUUUUGUACCAUGGGCAAGAGUAAAUGUUACCCUUUUAUAUUGGUCAUUUCUUUUGAAUGAAAUAUUUUGAUAAAUAAGUGAAUUUUUUACCUGAAAAGAUGCAUCAAACAGAAUUUUCUUCCUGUGUUUUCACUUGCAAAUUGUGCAACAUUUUGUGUUUUAGGCACCAACAUUAUUUAUAUCAUCAGAAAGCUCAAACUCUAUACUUUCUUACAAUGUCACUCUUGAUAUGUGGCAUCUUUUAGAUGGGUCAGCAGCCAGUUAUAUCCAUCAAGAUGCAAGACGAGAUUUCUGAAAUUUCUGAGUAACAUAAAAUCCAGAGUUCUGAUUGGCUGAAUACUGUUUUCAAAACAAACAGGCGCGGGUAAUUUGAAGAGAUUACCACAUGGUGAGUGUGACCUUGCAGAGGCCCAGUGUGGGGAACAUUGGAAUUUGCGUGGGUGUGUGGUCUAUGACCAAUCAGAGCGCAGUAUUCUUGUUUUUGAGCUGCAAAAUGUACUUGGCCCAUGAAAAGCUGGCUGCUGACCCAUCUAAAAUACAUCUUCUUAUAAAAAUUAUAUCAUAUUAAAGCUUAGAUCUUCAGCUUUAUCAUGAUUUAAAAAUCAUUUGUGCCUAAACAGAAAUUAAGUGUGAAAACAACAACUUUUGUUGCAUGAAAAAAAAUAUUUUGUUUCAUGUUUUAGAUCUACAGUUUUUCCUAUAUUACAACAUUCUUUUAAAAAUCCAAACACAUGACCUAAAAGAAUGAUUCUUCUUCUUUACAAAGAUACCAAAAACAUGAAAUUUGGUCAAUAUUUAGAGCAGCAAUGGCCGAAUAAAAAGAGGUGUUUUGGUUCGCACCAAGCUCAUUAACUAUGCAAAAACCCUCUUGUCAUGAAUAUCACUUGGAUAAAAGAAGCUACUUUUUCAGGGCUUGCGGACUGACUGAUUUUACGUAAAAUGUCAUCCAAUAUGUUAUGUAAUCAAACAUAUGCUCUUGAGGAUUUAUGAACUCUCCUUUUUGAGGGAGCAAUACUGUGUAUUCUGUAGAUUAAGGAUUAUGAUAUCACUCACUUUCCAUAGUAGAAAAACUAUUUGAUAAAUUAAUUUGUAAAACCGGUUAAAGAUUGUAGUCAAUCAUGCCUACAUGUAAAUGGGUCAUGUCAUGUGUGCUCUCUAUUUCAAUGCCAUCAUACACCAAAGUGCAACUACUGUAAUACCCAGCAUAACAUUUGGUCUGAAAUUGCAUUUGAUACUCGUGCAUAAGAGUGCAAGGUAUUGUGCAUGGUUUUAUAUGCGGAGGCUACCAGAGGAAUGGACUCCAUGAUGCAUACACACGUACAAGGCACACAAUCCACCUUUUGCUACGCUUCGUAUGUAGCCAAGACGAUGUCAUAAAAGAAGCUUGUGACCUUGCUCAAUCGGCUGACGUGAAAAUAAUUUGAAUAUGUAACCAUUUUUUCUGCCACAUAUUCAUAUUGUUGACCUGUUUUAUGAAACAGAUAAUGUGCAGGUUCAAGAUUUUGAUGUUAAAGGCUAUGCAGCAAGCAUCUCUGGUAUUUAUAUUGUGUUGCAAAAGCACUCUGCAAGCCUAGUUCUUGUACCUUUGAGUUUGCUGCAUCACCAUCAACACACAUUUGUGCAGUAUUUGUUAUAAAAUUUCAACUCUUAUACAAAAACUUACGUCAAAGCCAUAUUCCUCCGUAAAACAACUUUCAUUGCGUUGAAAAGAUGUGUCUUAUUGUCAUUUAAGGAAAAGUGAAACUUAAUUAAAUAGCUAAAGUGAUAUGUAAUACACAACGCAUUAAUUUCAGUUUACAAGUUAAAAAUUUAUUUUCAAAGACAGUUACAUUUUCAACAAAAUAUUAAAAAUAAAUUAUUAAGCAUUUACAGUGACCAUCAAAAUACAAUUAUGAAAUCAAUGAAAAUCUAAUGGUCCGACCGUUAGUACAAAAACUGUUGACAAUUAAGUUGUACAAUAUAUACAAAUUUAUUUGUCAUAAAGUGCAAAGCCUACAUGUACCAGAGUGUAAAUUAUGUUUUCAUAUGUUCAAUAAACAUGAAUUUCAUGUAAAA